CCAAUGUAACGAACCAAUGAAGGUGCCACACGAGUGACUCCCAUAACCACUCAAAGUUCUGCUCAUCCCUCGCCCUCUCCGUCGGGAUAACAGUGGCCACCGGCGCCCACCUACCCCUCGCUGGCGCCACCGCACCCGCACUAGAACAUCUCCCACGCAGCGGAGAAGGUAUCGCAGGUGUGUAUUUACGUGGGUCUCAACCCAGGAUUCUUGCCUGCAAUUGGAGCAGUUUUCCUACUUUUCCUUAUUCGACACCCCUUUAUGCGUGAGGCCUCCCCUGUCGCGAGCAGCGUGAUAGUUCUAUCACAGCGGCUUCCUCAAGCAGAGAAGUCAAGGAGUACCAAAUAUCAAGCCUGAGAGGGGAAGAUAGACAGAAAAACAGAGCAACGGGCGUGCAAGCCAUGAACACUAGCGUUGGAUCGCCCGCGGAUACGAGGAACAAUACGUCGAUCAUCUCAUUGCCCGGUGCCCAGCAGCUAUGGAACCAGUGGGAGAUCCAAUGCCUGGUGCUGGCGAGCUUCUCCUUGCAAGUCUUCCUCCUCUUUUUCCCAGGAGUUCGAAAGCGCCGCAGGUCCAGCGUCCUCAGCUUGCUGCUGUGGGUUGCGUACCUGCUGGCAGACUACGUCGCAACCUUCACCCUCGGCCGCCUGGCGCUCCACCUCAAUGACCCACGCCACCAGCUCCUGCUCUUCUGGACUCCCUUCCUGCUCCUCCACCUUGGCGGACAGGAGACGAUCACGGCAUUCUCCAAGGAGGACAGCUUGCUGUGGAAGCGUCACCUCCUGAGCCUCGGCUCGCAGGUCCUGCUGGCCGUCUACAUCGUCACCAAGUCAUGGCACGUCGUCAGCACCAAGCAGCUUAUGGCACCCAUGGUGCUGAUGUUCAUUGCCGGGACAAUCAAAUACGCGGAGAGGAUAUGGGCGCUCAUGGUCGCAGGCAUCUCCAUCACGCCCGGGAGCAGCUCCAUGUCGGACUAUGUGCUCAACGUAGAGAGUAGUGUCCUUGAUGAUGCAGAGUCCUAUUUCCAGAGGCUCCAUGAUCUUUUAUCAAGUGAAAGCCAGGACAAGAUAGAUUACGAGGGCCUCGUGGAGGUGGCUGGGAAGGGGAUGCGGAUAUGGUUGAAUUUCUUGACGGACAUGGCUCCUUUCUUGAUGUGGAACAAAGGUGACACAAUUGACCGCGCCAUCAGGAAGUUGAGAGGCCUGAGGAAGCCAGAGCUCCGGCACCAGAUCGCCUACAAGUUGGCCGAGAUCCAGCUCUCACUAGUCUAUGACUUCAUGUACACCAAGUAUGGGGUGCUCCAGUACCACCUCAACCUCGUCUACAGUGGGAUUGAGCGGCUCGUCACGUUUGGUGCAACCUCCGCGGCGCUGGUGCUGUUCCUGAAGGCUGACCUGGAUGGGCAAUUCGCCUACGACGUGAGAGCCGAUGUCAAGGUAUCCUACGUGCUGUUAGCCGGUGCAGUCGCACUGGAUUUGACCUCCAUUUUCAUGGUCAUCUCGUCAUACUGGCCGUACCUGCCAGGCCGAAGCCCCUUUGUGAAGAUUGGAUUCCCUGGUAAGAGGGCAAUGUUCAAUCUGACCAAGCUUGUCCAUCCACUGGGGAAGGGGUUGUGGUCAGGGCAGAUGGCGCAGUAUAACCUGAUUAGUGAGUGCAUCAACGAGAAGCAAGCUAAUCUGUUCGUAUGGGUUUUGCGCAAGGUUGGCCUUGUGUCUGACGUCAAGCACAUAAAAGUCUCUCCUGAUCUCAAGGAGUUCCUCUUUGGGAAGCUGCUGGAUAUAGGGGCCACUAAACACGUGCACCAUUACUGGAAAUGGGACUGCAGCACGUUCCGCGGCCAAUGGGCACGGUCGACACUGGAGGAGACAGCGGAAGGAAGGUCGAUAGAUCAGUCCAUCCUCAACCUGGAGGGCGGAACUAUCGCGAGUGCCGUCCUCAUGUGGCAUAUGAUCACCGAGAUGUGCUUCUAUAAUACCACCGACGACCACUGCUCCUCCACCCUUCACAGGGACAUGAGUAGGCAGUUGUCAAACUACGUCAUGUACCUCGUCGGCAAGUGUGGCGUCAAGAACGGAAGCGAUGGACGUUUCGAGUACGGUAAGCUCCGGCGCGACGUGAGCAAAGCUCUCGCUCACAAACGUUUCUCCGGGGGGCGCCUGGAGCAGAAGAAGGUCAUCCUGUACGCCUACGAGGGGCGUGGGGUUUUCACCUCCCGUGCCAGUGCUGCCGCCAAGGAGCUGCUCAAGAUCACAAGCUCAGCUGAAAGAUGGGAGUUCAUAGCUACCGUGUGGACUGAGAUGCUUUGCUUCCUUGCACAGAACUGCGAGGCGGCAUUCCACAUCAAGAAUCUGAGCACUGGUGGUGAGUUCGUCACGCACGUCAGGAUCUUAUCGAUUAUUCUGGGCAUUCCUUUUCUCCGAGAGGCAUGGCAAGCUCAAGCUAGGGAUGACACGGAGUAUUCUGAUUUCGUAAUGUUUUAAAUCAAAUAACUUGGAGGAUCCCAACUUCAACCCUUUGGAAGAUGUUGAUUAUGUUGAGACCGAUUUUGCUGACAAAGAAGAAGUACAAUUCAUGUGCUGGUUAUGGAGCUUGUCGGACAUUUUAACAAAAAAAUGAAUUCUUUAUUCCUACCUAUUCUGUUAUGAAACUAAGAUGAUAGCCUUAUGCUAUGCGAAACUUGUAUUUCAUAAGCUACUGAUGUGUAAACAUGUGCAUUUCAUGACUGCGGAUGAUGUUGUAAGAGUAAGAGACCUUGUAAUUUUUUUUGCUGUUAAAGUGUGUAUGUGAACUUACUACCUAACUAGCAUGCUGGCCUUCGCAAUU